AUGGAUCAUUACUUCAAUUUCUUAUCACCUCAAUCAUCAUCAACGUCAUCAUCAUCAUUGUCGUCGGGUAAUGGAACAGCAACGAGUAAUCACCUGGCACAACAAUAUACUGUAGAGGAGUUCAACUCAAUCACUGCUCUCAUUCAGAAUGCAAAUCAACAGUUAUUGCAACAACAUCAGCAACAACAACAAUUGAUACUACAACAACAGCAACAACAACAUCAACAACAACAUGCAUCAAUGUCCUCAAAUUGGGAUAUGACCCUUAACAACAACAACAACAACAACAACAAUAUUGUACAUUCAACUCCAACACCGAUGCCAUGGCAGCAACAGCAACAACCAAUAACAUUCAAUCAACAACAACCAGUUUACACUGGUGAGAUGGCAUCGUUAAUGCAAACACAACAUGAGAGCUUCAAACAAAAGUUGUCAGAGUAUGAGAAUCUAUACCUGUCCGAUGAUCAGAUACAGUUCCUAUUCCUUCAGCAACAAAGGUCGGUGCUGCAACAGAUCCUCGAUUCGACCAAUGCCAAUGGAAAUGUCAAUGUUGCUCCUCUCAACAAUGUCAACAAUGUCAAUUCAAUGGUAUCCACACCAACACCUUCAUACCAACCGCAACAACAACCUCAACAACAACAACUCCAACUUCACCAUCAGCAACAUCAACAACUUACACAACAACAACUUCAACCACAAUUACAUCCACCACUCCAGCAACAGCAACAACAUCAACAUAUUCAAUCACCAAUACUAUCAACUCAACAACAACAAUGUAGUGCGCCAUAUGUACAGACUACUACAAACACUACCAACGUAUUACCUCUACCACAACAUGUUCAAUCGCCACCAAACCUUCAAUCACCUCAGCAAUCUGUUCAUAGUCCAAUACAUCAAGUGCCUCAAGUGAUCACACCACCCGUCUCAAGCCCAGCCACAACAUCAGGCUCAGCUCCAAGUCAUCAACCUGUUCAACUCCAGUUCCAUAUGAACGUCUUGAACUCGCACAUGCAUCAACAAACCAUCCAGCAACAAGUCAACAACAAUAUACCAUCAUCGAUCCAGAUUCAGCCUCAUCCUCAUCCUCAGUCGCCUCAUCCUCAGCCUCAACCUCAGCCUCAGCCACAACAGCUACAGCUCCAACAGCAACAUCAACACCAGCUGCAACUGCAACAACAAUCACAACUUAGCCACCAACAGCAGGACGAACUAUUCCAGUCCCAGGUGCAGGCACUUCAGCAGAAGCUUGUGAGUGAUGGUGUUAGCAGCCCUGCCUCGCAGGAGUCACACAUGGAUGAGAAUGGUUGUUCAUCAAAGAAACCAAAGUCCGGCCAAUCAAGCAAAGAGUAUCGAAAGAAGAAGAAGGAGCAUACACAGAUCAUUGAGGACAGAGUAAAACAACUAGUCGAUGAGAAUCAACGACUGCGAGUGGAGAAUGAGAGUAUGAAGAAAGUCACGGUCGCUGAGAUCAUGAAGCCAGACGACUUCCACAAUGUACUCAUAGAGGUUCAGCACCUCCUUGUCAAGCUGGCCGAGAAGGUUGUCAGUGGCACCACCAACUCUAAUGACAACGAUAGGAUAGUAGAUCAGCUGAUACAGUUCUCUCAAUUCUCCCAACAACUUAGAUCAACAAUCGUCGAGAGAGAGAUCAUCAAGAUCAUCCAUCCCUUCACGCAGGGUAAGCUUGCAGUUAUGGGAUACAAGGCCAACGUGGAGUAUUCAGCCAUUUGUGGCAAGCCUGUUGUAUCGGCACAUUGGUGGCCAGACUUUGCCGAAGAGUCUUUUAUGAGCGAUGAACAACGUAUGACAGCCGAAUCACUCUAUCAACAGUACCUCACCAUUUUUAACGAAUUGAAGGAGGAGCGAAUGGCUUUGGAGACAGAGAUCAGGGAGAAAUACCUUCGCGAGUUCUCCUUUGGAUACAAUCGUUGGAGCGAGACCAAUUAUCCAGCACAAACUGGUGGAGAUGACAAUUGGACAUUCCCACCUGGUGCCUACCCACCGGGCAACCCAAUGGACAACACGAGCACUGGCUGUGGUGGCAGCAUCACCAACAACAACAGCAAUGGCGCAGACUCCAACAAGCAUCAUCAGUACAAUCCCUAUCCCCAUAGCCACGGCCAUCAUUUAUCAAUGCACAUCAAUGGCCCACUUGCCAGCAAGAUCCCCGCCGUGUUGGACUUUACUAGACUUCUCGAACGCCUCAAGAUGAACUUUAUCAAGCAUCGAAUGAACAUCUGCGACAUUGACCAGCGUCUUCACAAGAUCCUCACACCAAUGCAGAUAGCACGACUCAUUGUACGACAGCACAGCGUGUCCUUCUACGACGUGACACUUGUGGAUGCCGUGACCAAGGUGUGGACGACGCUGCAUAGUGCCAAUCCCGCCGACCCAACUGUACAGAAACUGCUGCCAAACGAACAGGGUCGCUUCCAAUUCUUUGACAGCGUGAUGCGCGACCGAUCGAUACAGCACAAAGCCGAGACACUGAAGGAGAUAUACGAACAUCUCUAUCACAACAUAUCGGGGCUCACACCGCCCAACCCUACGGCGCCAUCGCCAAUGUCAUCUUCGUCGUCUACAAACGACAGCUCGCCCAGAUCAGACGAAGCCAAUAAACCAUGA